CUCCACCGCAGCAAAGCGGGGCCGGAGCCGCAGACGGAGCAAGCGGACAGAACGGAGCCGGCAGGUGCAGGGCCCCGGAGACAGCAGCGGCAUGACCGGCCACCACUGUUGGGGCUACGGCCAGGACGAUGGCCCUUCAAAUUGGCACAAGCUGUAUCCCAUUGCCCAGGGAGACCGCCAGUCACCCAUCAAUAUCAUAUCCAGCCAGGCUGUGUACUCGCCCAGCCUGCAGCCACUGGAGCUUUUCUAUGAGGCCUGCAUGUCCCUCAGCAUCACCAACAAUGGCCACUCUGUCCAGGUGGACUUCAAUGACAGUGAUGACAAAACCGUGGUGUCUGGGGGCCCUCUGGAAGGGCCCUAUCGUCUCAGGCAGCUCCACUUCCACUGGGGCAAGAAGCGUGACAUGGGCUCAGAGCACACAGUGGAUGGCAAGUCCUUCCCCAGCGAGCUACAUCUGGUUCACUGGAAUGCCAAGAAGUACAGCACGUUUGGGGAGGCGGCUGCAGCCCCUGAUGGCCUGGCUGUGGUUGGUGUCUUCCUGGAGACAGGAGAUGAGCACCCGAGCAUGAAUCGCCUGACAGAUGCACUCUACAUGGUUCGGUUUAAGGACACCAAGGCCCAGUUCAGCUGCUUCAACCCAAAGUGCCUGCUGCCCACCAGCCGACACUACUGGACCUAUCCCGGUUCCCUGACCACACCCCCACUCAGUGAGAGUGUCACUUGGAUUGUGCUCCGGGAGCCCAUCAGAAUCUCUGAGAGGCAGAUGGAGAAAUUUCGGAGCCUGCUUUUCACCUCAGAGGAUGAUGAGAGGGUCCAUAUGGUGAACAACUUCCGGCCACCACAGCCACUGAAGGGCCGAGUGGUCAAAGCAUCCUUCCAGGCCUGAACCUAACCACCUACCCAGCCAGCCACUGGGGCACCAUCCUCCCAAGGGCUUCCACGUCAGCGGACACCAAACCAUCUGAGGCUCGCUCCCAGUUGGAGGAGGGGGCUACAAGUCCCUUGCUCCUUGACCACAUUGAAGGGUUCUUGAGUUGUGGGGGUACCCUCCUGCUGCCCUGGGGGCUGGAAGAACAGGAACUGAGCAGAGUCCAAGCCAGGGCUGCCUCUGUUCCCCCAGAUCCAAAGGCUCCUGAGAACUUCCUCUUGUCUUCCCUGCUGGCUGUUAUCAACAGCCCCAACUGGAGUUCACACUGUGAUGGCCAAGACACAGCUCCCCGGGGGGUAGGCAGCUGUCUCUGCCAUAAAGACUCAAGCAAUAAUUAGAGGUGGGCAGAGCUGCCCACUCUGCAUUACCUCUUCUGCAGGCCUCUGCCAUACAUGCACCUCACUGCCAGGCCAUUACAAUAGCAAUGCUGGAGGCAAUGUGGCCUCCUCCAGCCAUCUGCUGCCACGGGCAGGCCCUGGCUAUAGCUUAGAUACUAUUUCCCUUUGUUCCUACCCAGCCACCAAAGCCACCUACAUAACAAUCCACUCAUGUACUAGCAAAUAAAUUCAUUUAUUCAUGGAACCAA